AAAUCGGGUUUAUAUUACCGCGUCUAGCUUGAACAUUCACAAAUUGACUGUACAUAACGAUGGUCUCGAAUUCAGUAAUUUAUUUAUUGUGCUUUACAAUAUCAUGUAUAGAAUCAGCUCGAAUAUUAGCAAUGUUUCCGACACCAUCAAUCAGUCACCAAGUAGUAUUCCGUCCUAUUACUCAAGAAUUAGCAAAACGUGGUCAUGAAGUCAUAGUUAUCACACCAGAUCCAGCAUAUCCCAAAGGACAAGCACCAAAGAAUCUCAUAGAAAUCGACGUGCAUGAUAUUUCAUAUUCAAAAUUUAAGAUAUUGAUGGAACGAAUUAAAGACGUCGCAAGAGACAUCAUAGCACAAUUGGAAGUGAUCAUAAAUUCAAAUAAUGCUGUUUUUGAAGAGCAAAUGAAAACUGAAAGCGUUCAAGAAAUAUUAAAAUACAAAGAUGAUUAUUUCGACUUGAUACUUGUUGAAGCAUGUGUGAGACCCGCUAUUGGAUUGUCAUAUGUUUUCAAAGCCCCAAUUAUUCAAGUAAGUUCUUUCGGUGCAGUAAUGGACAAUCAUUAUAUAAUGGGUACACCAACACAUCCUCUUUUAUAUCCGUCUAUGUCUAGGGAUAGAUUAUACAAUUUAACAAUGUGGGAAAAAUUGAAACAGUUAAGAAAAGAAUUCAUAACAGAUAUGUACACUUACAAUUUUGAAUACGAUAAUGAUAUAUUAAAGAGAGUUUUCGGAGAGAAUGUACCUCGUAUUUACGAAUUAUACGAUAAUGUUGCAAUGUUAUUUUUAAACUUUCACCGUAUUUGGGACAGCAAUCGUCCCGUGCCUCCUGGUGUUAUAUACAUGGGAGGAUUGCACCAGAAUCCACAAAAAGAAUUGCCUAAGGACCUGAAGUCGUAUCUAGAUUCUUCAAAAAACGGGGUCAUUUACUUUAGUUUAGGAACAAAUGUAAAACCGUCAAAUCUUCCAUCGGAAAAAUUACAAGCUAUUAUAAAUGUAUUCUCACGGCUGCCGUAUGAUGUCUUAUGGAAAUGGGACGACGAAGAGCUUCCCGGUCGUACCAAAAAUAUCAAAAUAUCAAAAUGGCUUCCGCAAUCUGACCUACUGAGGCAUCCAAAAAUAAAAUUAUUUGUAACACAAGGUGGUCUACAAUCAACAGACGAGGCGAUCACCGCUGGUGUGCCAGUCAUUGGCAUACCAAUGUUAGGUGAUCAGUGGUUUAAUGCAGAAAAAUAUGUUCAUUUUAACAUAGGACACAAGCUUGACAUAGAUACAUUAACAGAAGAACAAUUUGACAACGCUAUCAAAUCUAUUCUUAACAACAAUAGCUAUCGUGAGAACAUAGUGCGUCUGCGCAGUAUAAUGCAGGACCAGCCACAAAGUCCGCUAGAGCGCGCCGUGUGGUGGACGGAGCACGUGUUGCGUCACGGCGGCGCGCGUCACUUGAGGGGCCCGGCAGCAAAUAUCUCUUGGGCUCAGUAUUUAGAAUUAGAACUUGUGUUUACUUUAGCUGCUAUACUAAUAAGUUCUCUUUUUGUUCUGUUUAUAGUUGCUAAGUUGAUUUGGAACAUUUUAAAAGUACAAUUAUCUGCUGUCAUUAAAGUCAAAAAGUCCUAAAAACUGUUUACUGAAACACAAUAUUUUACAUUUAUUCAUUGUAAGGUAUUGAAAUGUGUUAAUAAUAAUAAUAAUUUUAUAUUUAUUUUUCGAUUUCUACAUAUGGUUGAUGGACAUUCUUAUUCACAGCGUUCGGUAUGUAAAUGUCCAAAAACACGACAAAAUCCUCUUAUAUAUAAUUUAUUUAGAGCUAAUACUAAUCAUGAAUCAUCAAUUUACAUAAUUA